ACAGACCUGUAGGAGCAGGAGUGGGAGCGCCUAGAGCACCCGACCGUUCUUCUGUGUCCUGGGUAAGAUGAACCUGCUUCUUUUCUUGCUUUGGGGGGUUUCCUCGCCCAGUGGGAGGCACGCAGUGCCUGGAGAGUGGGUUUGAAGAGCCACUUCUGUGAGCGACUUGGGCAUUCAUUUGAGCCCCAGUCCCAGUCUUCCCUGACUCUUGCGGUCUCAAGGCAUCCCCAGAAGCUUCAACUCUGGAGGCGAUGGGUCGAAAGGAAGAAGAUGACUGCAGUUCCUGGAAGAAACAGACCACCAACAUCCGGAAAACCUUCAUCUUCAUGGAAGUGCUCGGGUCAGGAGCAUUUUCGGAAGUUUUCCUGGUGAAGCAACGGGUGACUGGGAAGCUCUUUGCCCUGAAGUGCAUCAAGAAGUCACCUGCCUUCCGGGACAGCAGCUUGGAGAAUGAGAUUGCUGUGUUGAAAAAGAUCAAGCAUGAGAACAUCGUGACCCUGGAGGACAUCUACGAGAGCAGCACUCACUACUACCUGGUCAUGCAGCUUGUUUCUGGAGGGGAGCUUUUUGACCGGAUCCUGGAGCGGGGCGUCUACACAGAGAAGGAUGCCAGUCUGGUGAUCCAGCAGGUCUUGUCAGCAGUGAAAUACCUCCAUGAGAAUGGCAUCGUCCACAGAGACUUAAAGCCUGAAAACCUGCUGUACCUCACCCCUGAAGAGAAUUCGAAGAUCAUGAUCACAGACUUUGGUCUGUCCAAGAUGGAACAGAGUGGUGUCAUGUCCACCGCCUGUGGGACCCCAGGCUACGUGGCUCCGGAAGUGCUGGCCCAGAAACCCUACAGCAAGGCUGUGGAUUGCUGGUCCAUUGGCGUCAUCACCUACAUAUUGCUGUGUGGGUACCCUCCUUUCUAUGAAGAAACAGAGUCGAAGCUUUUUGAGAAGAUCAAAGAAGGCUACUAUGAGUUCSAGUCUCCAUUCUGGGAUGACAUUUCUGAGUCAGCCAAGGAUUUUAUUUGCCAUUUGCUGGAGAAGGACCCAAAUGAGCGGUAUACCUGCGAGAAGGCCUUGAGGCACCCCUGGAUCAAUGGAAACACAGCUCUYCACCGGGACAUCUACCCAUCUGUCAGCCUCCAGAUCCAGAAGAACUUUGCCAAGAGCAAGUGGAGGCAAGCCUUCAAUGCAGCCGCCGUGGUGCACCACAUGCGGAAGCUCCAUAUGAACCUGCACAGCCCCGGCACYCGCCCCGAGGUCGAGAACCGGCCACCCGCCUUGCAAGCCUCAGAAGUCUCUAGACCCGGCUCCCCUGAGAUUACCAUCACAGAAGCACCAGCCCUGGACCAGAGCGCCCCACUCCCCACACUGACCCAGAUGCCCUGCCAGCACGGACCUCAGUCUGUGGUCCCCGGUGGCAGGUCCCUCAACUGUCUGGUCAAUGGCUCCCUCCGCAUCAGCAGCAGCCUKGUGCCCAUGCACCAGGGGCCUCUAGCCACUGGGCCCUGUGGCUGCUGCUCCAGCUGCCUGAGCAUUGGGAACAAGGGAAAGUCUUCCUACUGCUCCGAGCCCACACUCCUCAAAAAGGCCAACAAAAAACAGAACUUCAAAUCAGAGGUCAUGGUGCCAGUUAAAGCCGGUGGCAGUUCCCACUGCCGGGCAGGGCAGACUGGGGUCUGUCUCAUUAUGUGAUCCCUGGAGUCCAGGCCUGUGUUACUAUAGUUUUCAGG